ACUCCACCCCCACCCCCACCCCCACCCCAUUGCCACCCCCCGGGAUCCCACCUCGCGCCGCCCACCACCUAGCCGCAUUCCGCGCCGCGGCAGGGCAGCCGCGCAUUGCUCGGCGCACGUCGUCGUCCGAAGAGCCUGAUCUCGCCUCGGAUCUGACCCGGCCAGGCCGCGGGCCCGGAGGCAGCGGCGGGAUGGCGCAGCCGCGGGGCGGGGCCGCGGCGGUGCGGCUGCCGGCGAUGAACGCGCUGGAGAUCCUGCGGGAGACGGUGCGCGUGCUGCGCGCCGACCCGCACGCCUUCACCUACGUGCUCUUCCUCCUGCUCUGCCCGGCCUCCGGCUUCCUCCUCCUGUCCGCCGCCGCGCUCGAGGGCGCCGUCGUGCUGCCGCUCGCGCGCCGCCUCCUCGUCGCCGCCGCGUCCUCGGGGGUCCCCGUCACGCAUUUCGUCAAGCAGCUCGCGCACCACCUCGCCGCCACGCUCGUCGCGGCCGUCGUCUCCUUCCCGGCGCUCCUCACGCUCCUCCUCGCUGCCCGGGCCGCCGUCGCCUACACCGUGGCGGCCGUGUACGCCGGCAAGCCCCUCCCGGCCGCGGACCUCUCCCUCCUCGCGCGCCGCGCGUGGCCGCGCCUCGCAGCCACCUACGGCCUCUCGUGCGCCGCCGUCGCCGCCUGCCUCGCCGCCUUCCUCGCCCUCCUCGUCACCGUCUGCUCCACGCUCAAGUCCAUGCUCUACCCGCCGGACAUUGUCGUCUGCGCCGGCCUCCUCACGGUCCUUGCGUUCUCCAUCGUGUACGCGCACACCAUCAUAGUGUGCAGCCUCGGCGGAGUCAUUGCCGUUCUCGAGGACGUAGCCGGGGUCAAUGCGCUGCGCCGGUCGGUGCAGCUGAUGCGCGGCCAAACCCAUGUCGGUCUGCUCAUCUUUCUUGUGUCCACCAUUGGUCUGGCCUUCGUCGAGGGGCUGUUUGAGCACAGGGUGAAGACCUUGAGUUAUGGGGAUGGCUCAUCUCGGCUCUGGGAGGGGCCAUUGCUGAUCCUCAUGUACUCUUUCGUGAUGCUGAUAGAUUCGAUGAUGAGUGCGGUGUUCUACUUCACUUGCCGAUCAUCGAGCUUGGCAAUUCUGGAUGAGGAGGGCGGCUCAGUCGAGGAGAUUGAGAUGAUGAUGGAUGACAAGUCAGAUGCAGUGAGGUGAUUAAGAAGAUUAUAGGUUUCUUUCUCAAGGUGUAUCUGUUCAUAUUCUGGUGGGAAAUAAGUGAGGUGGGCAACAUCCGGUUUUUGCCAAGAUUGAAGGGUGUGGUCGUGUCACCAUGAUUACACGCUUAAUGUGCCACGAUCGAUUCAUGUUCAUGGUGAUAGAAUCCUUUUGCAGUCAUUUGGGGUUCUUCGAGGCUCAUGUAAUGGCGCGGAUGCAAAAGAGAAGACCGGGGAAAACUUAGAUUUGGUGUAUUCUUGAUCUGUCUCAGCGGUGAUUCGAGGGCUGGCAAUGUGUGUAGCAUUCUUUUGAAACGAUGUAACUAGUAUAUCAAUUCAAUUGUUGUGGAUUUUUGUCACCUCAACACAUUUUUGGCUAUACGGAAGGGAACAUAUUGUAAUAGCAAGGUACUGAUGGCUCUGAAACCUGAUUCAUGAAUUUGCACUCUAUCCAAAUUUAUUUUACAGUGAA